AUGAGCUGCCCUCUAAAUUCUGUAAUACUUGAAGAGAUCUGUACUGAUGCUGCAAAGCCUGUGCUUGAAGCAACUGAAUAUGACGGUGAGAAAAGCGCCGAAAUGAAUCAAGCUGUUAUUUAUGGCGUUUUGAAUGCCCUCAAUAAGAAAACCCAGUCUUAUAAAUGGGUUGUUAGUUCUACAUUAGUCCAAAAGUUACCCGACGAUCAUCCUUCUCGUGGUGUGCAUGCCGCUCAUGCUGCCUGUUGGAAUGUUGAAAAAGAUGGAAUGACUACAAUUAAAGAAACCGGCCAAGCCGUUGAUGUGAUUCUGAGUAUCAUGUGGAUUUCCAUUUGA